AUGGCAAGCCCGCAAUUCAGACUUCCCUCGCCAUCGAGCGAGCGCUCUCCAUUGUUGCCCUUCAAAGAUCCUCCAGGCUCUCGCGACCCAUCCGCCAGCCGCCUCAGCAAGUCCGAGAUCGUCGCGGGACCGUCGUUCUCCGUAGUGGGCUCAACGCAAGGCCCGAACGCCGAGCACCUGCGCUUCUUCCGCCGUGCUCUGGGCAUCCACUCCGGAGCCGCUGCCUCCUCCGGUACUGGUGACCUCGAACGCAGUCAUACGGCCCCGUCCACCGGCAUCUACGCCUCUAUCCUCCGCGAGCACGCGAUAAAGAAGUGGCAGCGUCGCAUUCUCACUGCUACCAUCUACGCUUGCCACAUCGCACAGAUCAUCAUCGGUGCGGUCCUCACGGCCCUUGGACCCUCAUCUGCGAUUCACGCCGUCAGCAUCACCAUCCUCGGAGCGACAAACACCACCGUCGCGGGCAUAAUGGCUCUCGUCAAGGGACAGGGGCUUAUGCAAAAGCUGAAAAAUGAGGAGCUCGAGCUUAUGCAGGUCAAGGGAUGGGUCGAGGAAACCGAGGCUUUGAUGGAAGCUGGCAUUGUCGGCGGUGAUCGCGAGGAGGCGAGCAGGCUCGUGGCUGAGGGAUAUAGGCGGUACCGGGCCGUCAUGACGGAAGGGAAGCCUUUGGACGGGCUGGGAUUGCGAACUAGCGAUGAUCAUCGCGUCGCCGAUUCCUGGCGGCGAAGCUGGGACAGCGCAAUUGGUAGGAUGCGUCGCCAGACAUAA